GCCUUGCCGGUGUCGUCAUUGUCCAUUCCUUUAAUAUUGGUCCUAGUAACGAAACGCAAAUUUUCCGCGCUUUCGUCGGUGAAAGUUCACAAAUUAAAGAAGAGUGGCGGGAGCUGUUGUCAAUCGGGGGCUGCUGUGAAGAAGUAACGCUGAUAGACAUGGAUUAUAAAAGACGCAAUGGCGGUCCUUUUAUGGGGGGUGCAUCACAGCCCAAGCGAGGUAAAACGGCUGGUGAAUGGGAGGACAGUCCAUCCCAAUUUGAAGAGGAAUUAUCCAUGUUUGACGAAGCAGACAUGGAUGCAGAGGAAAUGGAGGGGCAGGCAGGCCAUGAUGUCAUUCCUGUAGGCAACCUCUUCUCAACAGACAUUAACCCCCGUUGGCAGCGGCCUCAUGCUCCUUCACUGGACCCAUCAUCUGAUACUUUGGUGUUUCAGCAAAUUGAUCUUGACUAUUAUUUAGGGACAACAGUGGCAGGCAUGCCGGGUCAGUCACAGGGAAAAGUCCCGAUCAUUCGAAUGUUUGGGGUGACAGACAGUGGCAACAGUGUGUGUUGCCACAUCCAUGGUUUUGCGCCUUACUUCUAUGUUCCUGCACCAAGUGGAUUCACUUCUGCUGACCUGAGUGAAUUUCAAAGAGAGUUGAACUCUGCUGUCCUGAAGGACAUGAGAUCCAAUAAGGAUAACAUCUCUGUCACGGUGUUGGCUGUAGACAUCACCCGCAAAGAGAGCAUGUAUGGUUACCAUGGGAAACGCAGUCUGGAAUUUUUGCGGAUAACCAUGGCAAUGCCUCGUCUUAUUGCCCCAGCAAAGAGACUGUUAGAGCAGGGCUUCAAGUUCGGCCCUUUUCCCAUACAGUGCUACCAAUCCUAUGAGGCUAAUAUAGAUUUUGAGAUAAGGUUUAUGGUGGACAGUGAUGUUGUGGGAUGCUGCUGGAUUGAACUUCCCAAAGGCAAGUACAGACUACGUGAAGAGAAGAGCGCGGGGGACAUGGAUUCUCAGUACCCAGGAAAGGUGUCUUUGUGUCAAUACGAAGUGGAUGUGGCAUGGACGAAUUUGAUAAGUCACCCUGCAGAGGGAGACUGGCAGAGGAUUGCACCUCUCAGGGUCCUCAGCUUUGACAUUGAGUGUGCAGGAAGAAAAGGAAUCUUCCCAGAAGCAGACAAAGACCCUGUGAUUCAGAUAGCAUCUAUGGUACAGCGGCAGGGUGAGACUGAGCCCUUCAUUCGCACUGUGUUCACGCUCCAGUCCUGCGCCAGCAUCGUGGGCUCUCAGAUAUUGUGCUUUACCCAGGAGAAACAGCUACUGCAGAGCUGGGCGGAUUUUUUGAGGACAGUGGACCCGGAUAUCAUCACUGGAUAUAACAUCCAAAACUUUGACUUUCCCUACUUGCUCAACAGGGCAGCAGCUCUAAAGGUGAAUCUCUUUCCCUACCUUGGUCGAGUGCGAGGCAUCAAAUCAGUCCUGCGAGACCUUAAUUUCCAGAGCAAACAGAUGGGCCGCAGAGAGAACAAGACCAUUAACAUGGAGGGUCGGGUUCAGUUUGAUUUACUGCAGGUUCUCCUCAGGGACUAUAAGCUGCGUUCUUACACACUGAAUGCUGUGAGUUUCCACUUCCUGCAAGAACAGAAGGAAGAUGUUCAACACUCCAUCAUCACUGAUCUGCAGAACGGUAACGAACAGACACGCCGUCGUUUAGCAGUCUACUGCCUGAAAGACGCCUACCUCCCAUUGCGCUUGCUGCAGAAGCUGAUGUGUGUGAUCAACUACAUGGAGAUGGCCAGAGUGACAGGUGUGCCUCUCACCUACCUGCUCUCAAGAGGACAGCAGAUCAAAGUCGUGUCUCAGCUGCUGCGGCAGGCCAUGACGCAGGACCUGGUCAUGCCUGUUGUAAAGAUAGAAGGAGGUGAAGACUACACUGGAGCGACUGUCAUCGAGCCAGAGAAAGGGUAUUACAGCAUUCCUAUUGCCACCCUGGAUUUCUCCUCCUUGUAUCCAUCCAUCAUGAUGGCUCACAAUCUGUGUUACACCACCCUGCUGCAGAAGGGCUCAGUGGAGAAACACAGCCUCUCACCAGAGGACUUCAUCAAGACUCCAACUGGUGAUAUGUUUGUGAAGAGCUCUGUCAGGAAAGGUCUUCUACCUGAGAUCCUGGAGAAUCUGCUGGCUGCCAGGAAGAGGGCCAAAGCAGAGCUAAAGAAGGAAAAGGACCCUUUUAAGAGGCAGGUGCUGGAUGGCCGACAGCUGGCCCUCAAAAUCAGCGCAAACUCUGUCUAUGGUUUCACAGGUGCCCAGGUGGGCAAGCUGCCCUGCCUUGAGAUCUCACAGAGUGUCACUGGUUUUGGAAGACAGAUGAUUGAGCAAACCAAACAGUUGGUGGAAUCCAAGUACACCAUUUCCAAUGGUUACCAAGCUGAUGCAAAGGUCAUUUAUGGGGACACAGACUCCGUGAUGGUUAAGCUCGGAGUUGCCACAGUGAAGGAAGCUAUGGAUAUUGGGAAGGAGGCAGCAGAGUGGGUAUCGUCCCACUUUGUACAACCCAUCAAACUGGAGUUUGAGAAGGUUUAUUACCCAUACCUGCUGAUCAACAAGAAGCGCUAUGCAGGUCUCUAUUUCUCCUCCAGUGCAGAUACACAUGACAAGAUGGACUGUAAAGGCAUUGAGACUGUCCGCAGAGACAACUGCCCUCUGGUGGCUAACCUCAUCAACACUUGUCUGCAGAAAAUUCUCAUAGACAGAGAUCCUCAGGGUGCUGUGGAUCACGCUAAAGAAGUGAUCUCGGACCUUCUGUGCAACCGCAUUGACAUCAGCCAGCUGGUCAUCACCAAGGAGCUAACACGCACCGCCCAGGAGUACGCCGGCAAACAGGCACAUGUGGAGCUGGCUGAGAGAAUGAGGAAAAGAGACGCCGGCAGUGCCCCAAACCUGGGAGACCGAGUUCCAUAUGUCAUCAUCAAGGCUGCAAAGGGAGCAGCAGCGUACAUGAAGUCAGAGGACCCGAUCUAUGUGCUGGAGAACACCAUUCCCAUUGACACACAAUACUACCUGGAGCAGCAGCUGUCCAAGCCUCUGUUGAGAAUUUUUGAGCCCAUUCUGGGAGAGAGCAAAGCAGAGAGCAUCCUGCUUAAGGGCGACCACACGCGCUGUAAGACUGUGUUGACCUCGAAGGUUGGGGGCCUCAUGGCAUUUGCGCAGAAGAGAAGCACCUGCAUUGGCUGCAAAGCUGUACUAAAAACAGAUGCGGCCGUGUGCGAUUUCUGUAAGAAGAGGGAGUCUGAACUCUACCAAAAGGAGAUCUUUCACCUGAACGCACUCGAGGAGCGUUUCUCUCGCCUGUGGACUCAGUGUCAGCGUUGUCAAGGCUCCCUCCAUGAGGAUGUUCUCUGUACUAGCCGGGAUUGUCCCAUCUUUUACAUGAGGAAGAAGGUACAGAAAGAUUUGGAUGACCAGAGCAAGCUAGUGUCUCGCUUUGGAUGGUGAGACACAUUCUUCCUCAGGUGCCUCAUUUCAUAUGAUCUUGGACUCCCAUCGUCUCACUGUAUUUGUUUCUUUUUGUACUUGUAAAAUUGCAUAUAGGUCAAACUAUUUCUAUGUUUUCUAAUAUGAAUAAACUGACAUUAAAAUGGGUACUUUUGUAAAAUAAAGUCAAAAAGUGACCUAUUCCUUUU